AUGAAAUUUUUCAUCCUGAUUUGCGCUUUGGCGGCGAGCGCGAUUGCUGUACCAACCGCCCACAAUUACCAAUUGCACGAGCGUCGUGACUUCACCCCAAAAGCUUGGGUUGAAGGCAAAAAGCUCGAUGGGAAUGUGUCACUGCCUGUGCGAAUCGGGCUGACCCAGUCUAACUUAGACUAUGGGCAUGACCUGCUCAUGGAUUUAUCGAACCCCUCCUCAAGCCGAUAUGGUCAACACCUGUCGGCUCAUGAAGUACAUGACCUGUUCGCCCCAACUGAAAAGAGCGUGAAUGAUGUGCGUUCAUGGCUAGAGUCGGCUGGAAUUGCAGGCGAUCGCAUCACACAGUCAGUCAACAAGCAAUGGAUCCAGUUCGAUGCGGAUGUCGAGGAGUUGGAGGAAUUGCUACGUACAAAGUACUACGUCUAUUUGCAUGCUGAAACAGGCCGAUCGCACGUGGGUUGUCGAGAAUAUCACCUCCCAAGCUCUGUACGUGAACAUGUCGACUAUAUUACUCCAGGAAUCUCACUCCGGGAAGUGACCGCUGUCCGGAGAUCCAACGUCAAACAGAAACGGUUUGGGAACGGGCUUCCCCCUAUCCUUGAGCCGAUCCUCAUGCCAUUUGAAGAGCUAUUGAGUGGGGCGUCAUCGUUUUGCUCUCUUGCCAUCACAGCUCAAUGCAUCCAAAAGAUGUAUAACAUCAGUGAGGGCCACUCCGCCACCAAAGGAAACGAACUGGGAAUCUUUGAAGGUAUCGGAGAUGUCUACGCCCAGGAAGAUCUGGACUUGUUCUUCUCCACAUUGUACUCCAGCAAAAUCCCCACAGGCACUCACCCGACGCUCAAGUCAAUUGAUGGUGGCAAGGCUCCGGCAGAGAUCUUCAAUGCUGGAGCCGAAUCCGAUCUAGAUUUCCAGAUUUCCUAUCCUAUCAUCUGGCCGCAGAACUCGAUCCUUUUCCAAUCUGAUGAUAUGAUUUACGAGAAUGAUUAUACCUUCAAAGGCUUCCUUAACACAUUUUUGGAUGCUAUCGAUGGCUCUUACUGCAGCACUAUCUCGCCCUUGGACCCUUCAUAUCCGAAUCCGGCCGAGGGAGGCUACAAGGGCUCCCUACAGUGUGGCGUGUAUGAUCCGCCCAAGGUCAUUUCCAUUUCAUAUGGCUCCGCCGAGGCGGAUCUCCCCCUUUCUUACCAGCGCCGCCAGUGUGCUGAAUUCAUGAAGCUUGGUACAAUGGGGGUCUCGGUGGUCGUCGCUUCGGGAGACUCUGGUGUAGCCGGACGAGGGGGUGAUCCCACUCCGAGCAACUGCCUUGGCGGGAAUGGCAGAAUAUUCGCUCCCGACUUUCCUGCCUCUUGUCCCUACUUGACUGCAGUAGGAGGCACUGAAAUCCCCUCGGGAUCCGAGCCAGAAGAUCACAAUGAACAAGCUGUGACUAGAUUCCCGUCGGGUGGCGGGUUCAGCAAUAUCUACAAGGCACCUGAUUACCAGGCUCAGGCUGUUGCCGACUACUUUGCGAAGGCCAAACCCUCGUAUCCAUACUACAAGAGCGUGGACAAUAGUAGCUUCGGCGAGAAUAACGGGAUCUACAACCGCAUUGGACGUGGCUAUCCAGAUGUUGCUGCUAUUGGGGACAAGGUGAUCAUCUAUAACAGAGGGUUGCCCUCAUCGAUUGGGGGUACAUCGGCCUCAGCACCUGUAUUCGCUGCAAUCCUCACGCGUAUCAACGAGGAGCGACUGGCCGCUGGCAAAUCCACCGUCGGCUUUGUGAACCCUGUCUUGUAUGCCCAUCCAGAGGCUUUCUUCGAUGUCACCAAGGGUACCAAUGCGGGUUGCAACACCAAUGGCUUCUCUGCGGCAGAGGGCUGGGAUCCAGUGACCGGCUUGGGUACCCCGAACUAUCCCGAACUUCUCAGGGUUUUUAUGGGCCAGUAG